AUGAAGUACGCAAUUGGUGCGGCACACAGGCCUGGGUCAGGUCUCGCCUCGUACGCGAGCGCGCAGGACCUCGUGCAGGCCGCGGCAGAACGCCUUCGGGAGAAGAAGAAGUCAUUCAGUCACGUACGUGUUCAGUUCACGUACGUGGCUCUCCACGGUGAGGGCUUCGACUCCAACGAGGCGUUCGUGGACAUCAUCCACACCGACGAGCACUGCGGGCUCGUGGUCGUCCGCCCGCUGGUGGACGACAACGGCGCCCUCGUCCCCGACACGCUCGAGCUCAUCGUGCAGUUCGACCGGCCUCGGACGCAAACGGCCGCGGCCCGCGAGCUCGGCGUCGAUCCGGAGGCGGUGCGGGGCGUCUCCGCGGUCUACGCGCAGGAGGCGAUGCUGCUCAACAACUCUGCGGACGAGUCAUCCGUCCUGCUGCGGGACUGCGGCAACGUGCGACAACGUCCGUUGUCGAAAUCAGGGGGCCCGCGCCAACGCAAGUACGCGAAGGCGCGUCUACGUGGCGAGCCGCGCGCCGUACUUGCAGGCUUCAAGAAGCUGCACUGUGGGGCAGUGUGGUUGAAGCGCGUGGUGGAGGGCGGGUGCGUCUACACGGACGUGCUCGUGGAGUUCGUGUGCAGCUACCCGCUGCGAAAGGCCGCAGACAUCCUAGUCGCGGAGGUCAUCAGCCUCGAGCACGCUGAGCCCGGGGACGCGCGCGCAGAGCUGAAAACCGCGCGUGCCGACGCGAAAAAGCGCGCACGCGCCACCACCAAGAUGGCGUCCCACACGCCUCCAGUUCCCGAGCAGGACGAGAUUUUCGUCGGGGACCUGAGCAGCCUGGGACGCGGCAUGAUGCCGCCGUCGGAUGUCGACGUGGCGGCGUUUCGUAAAGCCGCGGCCGAAGCCCACCCCAGGGAGAUGUGCGAACUCUGGCGUGGGAUGAGUGACGUCCAUGCGCUGCUCGGCACGGACGGACGCGACGUGGCGCUACCCAAGGUGCUCGAAGUGGUGAAGGUGCUCCGGGAGCAAGGAGUCAAACACCUUGUCGGUCCGGCUGAGGCCGCCUGCUUCCGCGACCCGGACGGCCGCGCGGACGCUGCAGGCCACACGUGGGAAACUAUUACCCUCGCGGUCUGCAUGGGGGAUGUGUUCGGGGUGUUUUGGCGACGCAACAAGAAGGACAGCAACGGCAUGCGUCUGGAUAUGAGCCAGGAGGACUUCCAGAGGCUCAGCAGGAUGUCGGGUUUCUACCUGAUCCUCACGCAGGUAUUCCGCGUGGAGCCGGACGGGUCGGAGGUCUUCGUCGGCUGGGCGAUCUGGUACGUGGGGGGCAGCGACCGGCUGGGCGAGCGCCUGAACGACGACGACCACCCGGCCGCCGACGGCCAGGUGUGGUUCAAGGGCACGACUGUCAAGACUCGGCGCACCAUGGUGAUGGUGUUCGAAUCGAAGUACGCCUGGACCGGCGAGCGAGCGCUCCUCGCUGUCGACAACUUUCCGCGCAAUAUUAAAUCCAACGACGGCGAGAGGAUCCUUGGGAGCGCCCUCGUCGAGAUCCCCCCCCCCACACCGCAGACGUUUUAUCUCGUGUGCGAGAGGCUGCGCGCGCGCUUGCAGCCCGGCUUCGAGCUUGCGUUCCGCGAGCUCACCAAGCCGCUCGCAGAGAAGGUCACGCUGAAAGACGGGACCAAAACUACUGGCUUCGACGACGAGAAGGCGCGGUUCGUGGAGUGGAUGGACAACGUCGUCGCCUGGUACCCGGGUGGCGGUCUCGCGAACCACCGUGAAGUGAGAAAGAUCACGUUGAGCAAUGGGAGCAAGCUCUGCGCGUGCUGGCACGCCUUCUACGAGUGGUUGGAUCGCCCGGAGACGUCGGACGAGUCCAGGGGCGCCCCGAUCGUCGGAGAGGUGCGGGAGCUGCUGGAAGCGAACCUGAAGGCCAUGGUGGGAGGGCUCCCGGACGAUCCGGACCGUUUCUACCAGGACAAGGUCCGCCAGCUGGCGACGCCCAUCGGCUUUGCCGCCGAAGAGCCCGCCGCGGCAUCGCGCGCGACAGGCGCAGGCGCCCCCCUGAGCCCGCGUGCACCGGUGCCGCGCCGCCGCAGCACGGUCGCUGGACCGCGCUCGCCCCAGCGUGGCGCGCCAGCCGUCGCCGCGGGCGGUUCGCAGGGCUGA